CAGGACACCUGGCACUCAGCACACGUCGGGCGCGAUGGUGCAGGCAGACGCCUUUCUCCCCAGGAUGAAGCGCCUCGCCGCUGUGCCUCGCGCUGCCCUGGUCCUCAGCCUGGUCCUCUGCUCCUUCCACUCGGCUCCCUUGGCAGAAGCAAGCAGUGGCAGCAACUCAACCUUGACCGUCCACCAUCCAGACCCUGAAACCCUGGAGCAGUGCCUCAAUGUGGACUUCUGCCCACAAGCAGCCCGGUGUUGCCGCAUUGGAGUGGAUGAGUACGGCUGGAUCAUGGCUGCCAUUGGCUGGAGUCUUUGGUUUCUCACCCUCAUUCUGCUCUGUGUGGAUAAACUGCUGAAGUUAACUCCAGACGAGCCCAAGGACUUGCAAGCCUGAGACAGAGAACCGUAGCCCUGAGAACGUCGAUCGCCCUCCGAUUAUGGAUAACAGCAGGAACAGAGUAGCCCUGAUGUGGUUUCUAUUAUUUUAGUCAUUUUUACCUUCAAACGUCCAUUUCUUUUAAAAGAGAAGGAAGAAGAAAAAGGGGGAUCCGAAUAAGCCAAGGCCAAGGCUGCCUUCAUGCCUAAGUUCCAGAGGCACUCGGGCGCUCUAAGCCCUGUCUACAUCCUUUCUCGAGAUCGUCUCCAUGGGACUUGCUUCUGUUUUAACCAUCGCUUUCUUCUGGGCACAAAGGGUGGCGCGUAAGAAACAGGAGACUUAGUCCUCUAGUCGACACAUUUGAAGUUCAACUCAUAACCCUCUUACCCCAAACAGGUAUCUGCUGUCCCGCACGUCGGUCAAGGGCACCUCUGUCAUUUCGAACCGCUGGAUCACCUCUGAUGCCCCCACUGUGCCCACGCCCGUGUCCGGCGCUUCUCCAGUCCCUGCUAUUUCUUCAAUAAUACCUUCCGUGGCCAUCCGGUGCCGUUCGCCCUGCCAGCACCCUAGUUCUGGCCUUCGCCACAUCAUCCCCGCUUUAGUUCAGGAACGUUUCCUUCCACUCGCUCUGCCUCCAGGAUCUUCCUCCCCAGCUCACCACUCCCCAUGGACAGCUGCCAGUGUUGUCACGUCCCUGCUGACAACCUUCGGUGACUCCUCAUGAUGGAGACCUUAGAGCCUGGCAUUCGGCUAUUCUCAUGAGUCCAGCCAUGUUCCCUGGCCUGACCCCCAGCUCAGGAGGCGAAGGAAGGGUUCAGAUUGGCCCAGUCUGCUUCUCUGCUACCUUCCAACUCUGCCUCCCAACUCCAUCUACAGAAUGAAGGCCAUUGCACUGAGUCCAGAUCAAAUGCUUGCUCUGCCUGGAGCCUUCCCAAUCAUCUUGGGGGGCUGUGAGCUGGUGCUCUUAGCUGCUCUGGCCUGAGAUGCAGCCAUCAAGAAUGAACCUCCUUCACAAUCAGUUAAUACUUCUGGGGCACAGCAAGCUCUUCCUAACGUUUGCCCGAUGAAUGACUAAAUGAAUGAGUCCUUCCCCCAGGGGAACUGUGACUGUCACUUUGCAUUCACAGCCUCCAUUUCUCUAUAGAUGGUCGAAAUAACCAAACUUCUGAAGAAGCCAGUUGGUUUGAUUCCUGUUCUCUCUGAAUCACUUAGCACAAGGAUGUCGCCUGUCACUGUGAACUCAGCCAACGGGGUGGGGAAUAAAGGAGGAUGGGUCCAUUAGAAGGAAGAGUCUUAGACUACAUCAAAGUGAAUGAUAGUAGUUGCUGCCACUGUCACCUUAAAAUUCAGGUAUUCUGUCAA